AUGCCAGUCGGCGUCCAGCUGUUUUCCGGCGCGGACGCCAACGACGAAUGGCACAUGCAGGAACACUAUGGAUUGCAAAUAUGUCUGUGUCUGGAAGAUUGCGACUUGUCAUGCUAAAUCCGAAUCAUGCUAGAAAACUGUGUUGCAUGAGUGCCAAAAUCUGUCCACUUUCGACCAAAAUCGGAGGGAGUCAGUCUCUCAUGCAGGGGAGGCAUAACAGACCCCCCACAGAGUCUGUCAUGCUAGGUCCCACAUUCCAGACCUCAUGGGUCAUGGAAACCUUGCAUGACAAGUGUACACUCGUGUUCCAGACCCUCCAGACAUAUUUGCAUUUGAUAAACACGCGCGAAACCACGACGACAACCUCGUGGCCAUCUGGCGCGUCGGGGAGCAGGUAGAACAAGCGCGGAAGAAGAAGAGCCGCUGUCUGGUCAUCAUCUGGGUCAUCGUUCUCCUUGGGUUAUGCGUCGGCGCGGGGUUCGGCGGCACGCUGUUCGUGCAGUCCAAAACGGAAGCGCUGAAGCAGGAGCACUUGGCAAAGAUUCAGGAGCAGGAGAUAACAGAGGAGAAAAAAGCUGCAAUGACCGAGCAGCAGAUUGCGGACUGGUUCACCAACCCACCCUAUCACCAGUUUUACCGAAGGGGGAUUCUCGCCGUGUGGGCCGGCGCGGGCGGGUUGUUGCUGAUCUCCUUACUUAUCGCGAUUUUCUGCAUCUGCGAGUGUGGGAAAAGCGAGACCGCCACCUAUGAGCACACGGUGUAUGCGUUAGGGCUGAAGUUCUUCUACGUGACGAAAAACCAGUACGAAACUUUGCAAGCCGCGAGCCUCUCGGAGGUGAAUCACGUGGCGCUUUCCGAUGUGAGUCUCGGGUGCGGAGGGAAUACCACCGCGGUCUGUCUCUUCGUCCCACAAUCCUCUCAAAUUGCGGACAAAAGCUUGAGACGAGGCUUCUUCCACCUGUGUCCAGUCCACUGCGACAAGAAGAGCCAGAAACUCUGCCUGCAACUCAUCCAGGGGGCGAAGGACGAGGGCGGGGACUUCGACAUUUCUAUCAGAAUGAAAAAUCCCCCCUCCCCAUAUCAAAACGAAGUUUCUGAUGCCGGACUUGCGUACACAAAUCAAAUUUGUGCUGCUAGCGAGGACUGCAGGCCCAUACUAAGCCUGAGUAGACAGGUUUUGGCCUAGGCGCGUAGCAUGAAAGACGUCUACGCUGUAGCUAAAACAGCAUGUCAAAACGCCUGUAGAAAGCGGCGGAGCUUUUGGAGUUGCCUUCAUGCAACACAGAGACGAUUUGUGACCUCAAAUCAGCAACGCAAAUUUUCGGCAACACACCUUUUCAAUAUGGGGAGGGGGGAUUUUUCCUUUUGAUAAUUUCCAGAAUUUCCUUAAUCAACGCUCAGGCUGGUAUCGAAUGCAAAAAUGUCUGGGUCUCGAAAGUUGUGAUGCUAGUUUGCGAAUCACCAAGCAACCUCCAAUAUGGGGACGCGCAUGACAAGUUUCUGAGCGGCUAGAUCUCGCGUAAACUGCAUGUCUUCAUGAGCAAAAGCAAUAUUUGCAUAUACAAAAAAAAGGCGUGGUAGCGCGACAUGCAUGACAGAGCUUUCUCUCCUGUCAGCGAAGCAUUACAAGUCUGGCAGCCUUCCAGACCCAGACAUAUUUGCACUUGAUAGCCGGGAACGUGAGUCAAUUCUUGCGCGCCAGUCAGCAGGUAAGCGAACGCAAUCCCAAUCUCCCCGCAAAAAAUCAGCGUGACGAACCGCCAGACCCGAUAGCCGCGUUAGUGGGGCACGCCCCGACCAACUACGGCGCCACCGGAACUACAAGUGCGCCGGCGGUGGAUGACAGUCCGAAACUACGGAUCGACGGUAGCAAAUACACGGAGCAGCCGAAAGCAUAUGGAUGUGUCAGGAUCGAAAUCGUCAAAGUUGAAAUAGUUUGAGUUUGUCAUGCAUAAAAUGCAACGCAGAAUCUUUCUGUAUUGCAGAGGUCGCAAGAGAGGCAGAUUGUAAGCCUGUUGAGGGGUAGAAAUAGAGCUGCUCAAGGAGCAUGACAAAAGGCGUCGUCCUUACCCGAGCAGCAUGACAAACUGGAUUUAGAUUGUACCCAAAUUUGUCAUGCCCACUUGGAAACUGGGCUUCAACUGGCCUCCAUUUUAUGCAUGGCAAAUUAUUUCAACUUUGUCGAUUUCGAACCUAACACUUCCAUAAGGCAAGUACCUCACCCGUAUCGCAAGCCCCCGCCACAUCCGCGCAGGCCCUUAAGGGGGCCUCCUCCAACCCGCCGGCGUUCGGUGGGGGUCCUAGUUCCACCCCUAUGCAUUGCAAAUGUGUCUGGGUCUGGGAGACUCCGAGAUUUGUCAUGCAGUUUUGCCAAGCUCGCUCAAGUCUGGAAUGCGGAGCCUAGCAUCACAGGUUCUGCUGCCCCUUCGUGAUGCCUAUUCUGCAAGAGAGAUACCCUCUCAGCGUGACCAGAAGUGAGCACCUAGUGCCAGUCAUGCAACACAGAUCUUUGUCUAGUCCACAACUGCUCGCAUCACAAGUUCGGGUCCUUCCAGACCCAGACAUAUUUGCAUUUGAUAACCCCCGCAGCCGCCGUCUCGAGCCCUCCGGCCGUUGACACCGCAGUCCGGCAACGCCCCUCUUUUCUCGCGUCUUUGGAGACAAAGGGAAAAGGAAAAGGAGCCGCAGCCGCGCUGCCCGGAGGAGCUGCGAACGAAGCACCGAAAUCGUCGGUGAAAGCAGGAACGACGAAAAAAGCUACCACGAAAAAGUCCGGCGGUACGAAAAAGACGAAGACGGCCUCCGCGGGGAAAAUAAACCCCGAGAAGGCGGAGCGGAAAACUUUUUCCGGGAGUCUAGGUGCGGCGAUGAGCGUCAUGUCCGCUGCAGCGGGGGAGGAUGAAUCAAUGGUCGAGGACAUGGAGUCCGGGGAAACAGACGGUUCCGAUUAUACCCACAUCACACUAGGCGGCAGGGACCCGAAAAAGCCGCCAGGAGAAGAGCCAUCCAUUUUCUCGUUUUUCGGCUUUUGAUAAGCAGUAUCGCGCCGCGGUGUUGUGAAGAGCAAGAAGAGCCGAUUUCGACAAGUAGAUGGUGAACGGGGUAUAAAAUAAAAGCGAAGCAUUUUUAUCGAGUACUGUACUGCCGCGUAAGUACAGGUUUUUCACAUGAUUUUUGAUGAGAUUUUUUCGCAAAACAAGUCAUAGAGUAGUUUUUUUCCUAAUUGCAUAACAAUUUGUUGUUUCUUCAUAUCCAGAUGAGUUGAUGUAGAGUUCCAGCUGUGAAGAUGUAGUCAAAAAAAGAAUACAGUUAAUUAUUUUGUUUUUCAAUUUGCAAGUCAGUUCAAAGAGUUUACUUGAUUUUAAAUUACAGUUUCCAUAAAAAUUUUCAUCCUAUUUUACAAAAUUUGCUCCUCGAGCAUCAAACCAGGAUUUCACAUGAUUUCACCUGAAGACCAAAGGCCCGUAAGAUAAAACGCAGACUCUCGGAAAAAAAAAGAAUCUGCCGCACUAGUAUUUUUCCCCACCAUACAAGAGAAAGAGCGGAUCCCGCUCCGGUAUUGUAGAAAGAAUUAGAAUUAUUAGAGAACGAACUAACACUAAGUAGAUCCCGUCCCAAUCCCUGGGUAGUUUUGUUUACAAUUUUAUGGUUGCACUUUUUUUCAGCACAUCGUAGGAAACAUCAAGCAGCAAGAAUGUGCUAAAUGAGCCGCCGCAGCGAAAGGAAACACAGGAAGAAAAACUGCAAAGGUGUGAUGAAUCAAAAUGCAAUCGUAAUUUGAAUUUCAGUAUGAGCCGAAGUUUUACCAUACAGAGUCAGUGUCAGGUGCCAGGUACGCGGAUGACAGACUCUGCCGACCAUUUGCUCUUGCUGUAGUUGAAGAAAAGCACGCAAGGUUUGUUUCUCGUCAGAACUUGAACUCCUGCC